UGUUAUACUAAUGCUGCCAUGGCAACGACAAUACAGGUAAUAUAUAAUAAAGGUGCAGGCGUACACACGUCUGUUGUUUCCGUUUGUUAUUAUUGAUUAUUGAUUACUGAUUACGUCACUGCCUCCGCUGGGACCGUGAGAGAAAAGCGGGGGAUGAAAGCCGUGGACACGUGACCGAAAGUUCAAGAAGCAAAAAAUACAGCCUCCUUCUGAACUUUCACAUGUGGCCUUUGAUUGGCUGAAGAUAUUUUACUGCUCGCUGAUUGGCCAGUCGCAGACCCGCCUGUGGAAGGUUCCAUUCCCCAAGAAGCGGGGGGGGGAGGAGAGGGGGGGUCCACACACACAUUCACGAUGUUUACAAAGUAGAAGCACACUUCAUUCCGUUCAGACACCUUUAGGAAAUGAGACUUUUAUUACUGAAUUGUUGUUAAACCGAACAAAGAGCGGGAAUCUGGCAUCAACCCCCCCGUUAAUAGUUGGUGCCGCCGGGUUGUAGUCUCCCACCUCCUGAAUCCGCCCGAUCAAUACGCUGUAACCUGCGUCCUACCUGGUGUUGAUCCCCAGCCCGCCGAGGCUCCAUUAGCGCCUUUUCUUCUUCACCUGUUCCGCUCGAGCUGCCGCGGAGACAUGCUGCGCGUGCGGGCGGCUGUGGGCCGGUCCUGGAGGGGGUUUAAAACGUUCCCUUGUGCAGCUGUGGAGGUGAAAAAUGAGCCGAUCCUGGGCUUCAAAGAAGGGAGCGCCGAAAGAAAAGAGCUGCUGAAGGCCUUAGCCAGUCUGAAGGGGAAGACGGAGGAGAUCCCCUGCGUGGUUGGAGAUGAACAUGUGUGGACCAAAGACAUCAGAUAUCAGUUAUCUCCGUUCAAUCACUCACACAAGGUGGCGAAGUUCUGUUAUGCUGACGAGGAGCUGAUCAACAAAGCUAUCCUGGCGUCUGUGGCAGCGAGGAAAGAGUGGGACCUGAAGCCCGUCCAGGACAGAGCCCACAUUAUCUUCAAGGCGGCCGAUGUCAUCAGUGGACCCAGGAGAGCCGAAAUCCUGGCCAAGACCAUGAUCGGGCAGGGUAAGACGGUGGUCCAGGCAGAGAUCGAUGCUGCUGCAGAGCUGAUCGACUUCUUCAGAUUCAAUGCCAAACAUGCCAUUGAGCUGGAGACGCAGCAGCCAAUAGAUUCUGAGGGAAGCACAAACACCAUGCUCUAUCGGGGACUGGAGGGGUUUGUAGCAGCUGUGGCCCCUUUUAACUUCACUGCUAUUGGUGGAAACCUGGCAGGUACUCCAGCUCUGAUGGGUAAUGUGGUACUGUGGAAGCCCAGUGACACCGCCAUGUCUGCCAGCUACGCGGUCUACAAAGUCCUGAGGGAGUGUGGUCUUCCCCCAAACAUCAUACAGUUUCUACCAGCGGACGGUCCGGUGUUCGGAGACGCCGUCACCUCCUCUGAGCACCUGGCAGGCAUCAACUUCACCGGCAGCGUCCCGACGUUCAAGCGUCUUUGGAAGCAGGUGGCCCAGAACCUGGACACCUACAGGACCUUCCCUCGACUGGCAGGAGAGUGCGGCGGGAAGAAUUUCCACUUUGUCCACAAGUCAGCGGAUGUUGAGAGCGUGGUGAAGGGCACGAUUCGCUCAGCGUUCGAGUACGGAGGGCAGAAGUGUUCGGCCUGCUCCAGGAUGUACGUACCAGACGGCCUGUGGCCGCAGAUCAAACGGGGGCUUCUGGACAUCCACAGCAACAUCAGAGUGGGAGACCCUGUGGACGACUUCAGCACCUUUUUCUCAGCCGUGAUCGAUGAGAAGUCGUUCGUUCGGAUAAAGACGUGGCUCGACCGCGCCAAGUCCUCCUCUAAUUUAAACGUCAUCGCUGGAGGUAACUGUGACGACAAGACGGGUUACUUUGUGGAGCCGACCAUCAUCGAGACCACAGACCCACAGGACGCCAUCAUGAACGAGGAAAUCUUCGGGCCUGUUCUGGCAGUUUAUGUUUAUCCUGAGAACAACUACAAAGAGGUGCUGCAGCUGAUAGACAACACAUCCCCGUACGCCCUGACAGGAGCAGUGUUCGCUCAGGACAAGGAGGUGAUCGCCGAGGCGGCUGAAGCCUUAAGAAACGCUGCAGGGAACUACUACGUGAAUGAUAAAUCCACCGGCUCCGUUGUGGCUCAGCAGCCAUUCGGUGGCGCCAGAGCUUCAGGAACCAAUGACAAACCCGGAGGUCCUCACUACGUCCUGAGAUGGACGUCGCCGCAGGUGGUGAAGCAGACCCACGUCCCCCUCACAGACUGGAAGUACCCCUACAUGGGCUGAGAUGGGGUCCGGUACUGCAGCCUGCUGGUCCAAUCGGAGCCCUCCGUCCCUCAGCUGAUUCUCCAAUCACCAACAACACAUACAUGUAGACUCGUGUGACGUGAAAUGAAGCAUCUCCCCGCUGUCCCUCUGUCUCUGCACUGAGCCUGGACAUGAGUGUAUCUGAGGAGUCUUCCAUCUAGAAACUGCAAACCACCAAAGUGGAGCCGAUCGUGCCGAUCCUCGCGGCUCACACCUGAUCUCACCUGCUGGUUCCUCACUUACAGAAUCUUCACUUGUUGCUCAGUGACGUCGGUCGUCAGAGACGAGGAGUAGUUUCAGUGUUUUCUCUGAAUCAAAUUAGAGCUCAAACUAUCAGUCGAUUCGUCAAAAUAAUCUGCAACAGUUUUUAACAAUCGAUUUAAUCAGUUGAGGGGUUUUUUUUUUAAGCUCAAAUGGAAAAAUUCUCUGAUUCCAGCUUCUGAAUUCUGAAUAUUUUCUUACUCUUCUGUGAUAAUAAACUGAUGCUGGUUGGACAUUUAUCUGUUUUCUGUCAACAGUUAAUCGAGAGAAUUCCUGGUAGAAUAAUCAAUAAUGGAAAUAAAGAAAUUCACUUUUUUUUAGGUCAAUAUCAGAACGUACUCGGAGUAUGUUGCAUCUCUAAACACCAUUAACGUCUCAUACAUGUUAAAGUAUGAAACACGUUUCUGAUCAUCUAAAUGAAUCUAAAUCAUUUUAGAGGUUGUUUCCUCUUUCGUCCUGAUUCGUUAGAUUUCGGUGUUACGUAGUAAAAUCCGUCUUUUUGUACUUUAACAGUGACGCUCUCGUGGCAAGUGUCCUGUUCAACAAGCCACAUUAGAGGAAACACACCGCAGUUAUUCGCACUUCAAUGCAAGUUGGCUGUGAAACUGAAGCAGAUGACAACAACAUGUAAGCUGCUGUGAAAUGUUGAAAUACUGAUAACGUUUCUAAUGACGUCACUUUCUGCUGCUUUGUCUUUUAUCAAACAGUGACUACAGUAUAUUUUCUGAAGAGUAUUUUGUAUUUUAAUCUUUUUCUGUCCUCAACCAGACGCAGCUGAUUUAUUAUGUUUUCAGAACGUGCCUGCCUCAGUAACUCUGUAAAUUCAGGUAGUUAAUUUUUGACAAUAAAUAUUAAAUUAUUACCAUCAAAA